AUGAGCAGGAAAGGCCCGCAGCCCGGGAGACAGCGCCCGAGGGAUGGAGGCCUCUUUCGGCUGCGCACGGGCGCUGGGGGCUCCGGCAGCGCAGACCCCGCGGGGUCUGGAAAAGGGGCCCUCACCAGACCCCAAUCCUUGGACCGCCAGGUUACACCUUCACUGCUCAUAGGGGCAACAUCCAGCCCUCUCCUCCCCCCCGCCCCCCCCAAAAUACCCCAACAUCGCUCCCCACCGCCAGCAGCGCGUGACCCCAACCCCGACCCCACCGCGACGGCGCCCUCUCCAGGCCGCGGUGUAGGACACCAGGCAGGCGGCCAGCCCGAGUGGCAGCAGCGGCUAAGGGCAGCGCGGUCCCAGGGGAGGGCGGCAGCUGGGCCGCGGCCUGUCCGCAGGGCCAGCGGGCACAGGGCCGCGAAUGGGGCGGGCGGACGCGGGCGGGCCUGGCCCGAGAGCGGGGACCGCGGAGGGCCCGAGUGCGCGCCGGCGACGGGGAGGGGGCGGCGGGCGCGGCGUCCGCGGCGGGGCCCGGGAGCCCCGCGGCGGGACACAGAGCCGCGGGCCGGCCUUGAUUCUCGGCCGCGAGGUGCGGGAACCGGUCUGCCGGGGCGGGCAGCGGCGCUAGACGGCCGGGGCAGCGACGCCGCCGCCUUUCCCUUCUCCUGCCCGGGUCCCUGCUCCCCCGCGACCUCCUCCUCGCUGGGUCCCCGCCGCCGCCGCCGCCGCCUCAGCCUCGGCGCUUCUCGAGCUUCUCCUCUCCAUCAAGGCCGGGCCGACCCGCAGGGACCAUCCCGGAAAGUGAGGGGUUGUUGCCGUUUCCCGCAGCUGUUGGUGGCCAUCUUUAAUCCUCCUCCUCCUCCUCCUCCUGCUUUCUCCACCUCCCGCUGGCUGCCUGACUGACUGACUCUGGAUCCUCCUCUUUCUCCUCCUGCUCCUCCUACUGAGCCGGCCGCAGAAAUUGCAGCCACUCUUCCUCUCUCCCCCUCCUGCCUUUCCUUCCUCUUUCCUACUUCCUUCCCUUCCCCCGGCUUCCCGCGUUCCCCCUCACUCUUACUGGCCGCCUUCACCCUCUAACGCCGGCGGCGGCCGCUGGGUUCUCUCAGCGGGAGUUCGGCCCCGUUUUCACUCUUGCCCCUCUCCCCACUUCCCUGCCAGACGCACACACCCCGGCUUCCUUCCCCUCGCCCUGCACUCAGCUGCUCCCGUUUUCCUCUCCCAACUCACUGCCCCUCUCCCGUGGUUCUCACCCUCCUCAGUUCCAAUUUCUCAAAGACUCAGCUGUGAACGGAUAGCUGGGUCCUGCUCUCC